AAAAAUUAAAGAAACAUUCAUGGACAUCGCUGUUGAAACCCCAGCGUUCUUCAUCUGUCCGAUCUCUCUCCUCAUCAUGAAAGAUCCCGUCACGGCCGUCACCGGCAUAACCUACGACCGGGAAAGCAUCGAGAAAUGGGUGCUCGACGGGGACAACACCUUCUGUCCCGUCACCAACUUGCCGUUGCCGAGAGACUCCGACUUAACGCCCAACCACACGCUCCGCCGCCUCAUCCAGGCCUGGUGCACCGCCAACGCCGCCUUCGGCGUCGACCGGAUUCCGACGCCCAAGACGCCUCUCAGUAAGGUUUACGCCGUGAAACUCGUCCGGGAUCUCUCGAGGCCCAGGCUCCGGCUGAAAACGCUGCAGAAGCUGGAGAUGCUGGCGAUGGAGAAAGAAUCGAACAGGAAAUCCAUGGUGGAAGCCGGGGUUGUUAAGGAGCUUUUGUCUUGUCUCAUCGGAUUUUACAAGAAAGACGAAAAGAUCGGACUGGAACAAACCCUCUAUGUUCUUUACCUAAUCCGAGGUUUCUCCUGCGAAACUACGAACAAAUUUAUAGCGGAAAACGAUAAUCUCCUCGACGCGAUCUUGUGGGUUUUGGACUGCGCGCCGCAGACGACCCAAACCGCCAUGAAAAGCCAUGCACUCUGCGUGAUGAAAACGGUGGUCGGAAAAGCCAACCCCGCCGCCCUGGAACGGCUCCUAACGCCGGAGAUUCUCAAGAAGAUUGUGAAUUUCUUGAAAGACAACAAUACCAUAACAAAACAAGGCUUACACGCCGCAUUGAAGAUCAUGUUAGAAAUCUGUCUCCUGGGAAGAAACCGCGUGAGAAUGGUGGAAUCCGGCGCGGUUUUCGAGCUCAUCGAACUGGAACUGAAUCUCUCCCCAGCGGCAGACAAGAAAACAACCGAGCUAGUCCUAGGAAUCUUGUUCCAUUUAUGUUCCUGCGCCGACGGGAGAGCGCGGCUGCUCAGCCACGCCGCCGGGAUCGCCGUGGUGACGAGGAAGAUCCUCAAGGUGUCUCCGGCAGCCGACGAUCGGGCCGUCCUGAUUCUUUCGUUGAUUUCUAGGUUUUCUGCUACGAGUGGGGUUCUUCAAGAAAUGCUGCGGGUUGGAACUGUGGCGAAGCUUUGCAUGGUUCUUCAAGCCGGUUGUGAAUCGUACUUAAAGGAUAAGGCAAAGGAGAUUCUAAGAACACAUUUUGAUGUUUGGAAGAAUUCACCUUGUGUUGAAGUGGCUACAUUGACAAGGUACCUAGCUAGCUAGCUAGCUGAUUUCAAUUUUCAU